CUACUUCUCCGUCAACCUUCCAUUCCCUGCUCUGCAUCUCAUUGUUUGUUUUUCACUUUGUGCUUGUUGGAGCUGAUGUUUCCUCAAUUCAGAGAGACAUCAGUAGGUACCAGACAUUGUGCGACUGCGAGCGAUGCCGCUAUAUAGAGGUUUAUAUCUCAUGUCACUUAUUUUCAAUUUUAUAUGUGUGCUAUUUAUAAUGGGGUUUCGGGUGACUUCGAGUUUAGUACACAGUUUUUUUCAGUUGAUUUACGUUUGCUGUAAGUUGAGCAAAGAAUCAGGCUGCUUUUCACUUGCAUUGUAUAAGGUAGAUUCGGCUGUUGUGCUUGUUGUGGUUACGAGAACUGUUUUAUUUGAUGGUGCUGUAGCUUUUCAUUUGACAUUUAUGGGGAUUGUGGCCAAAUUUUGGUGCUCUAGUUGUUGAUGAUGAUUCCGAUAAAGAAUAUGCAUACACAUUUGAUCAAAUAUAGAUAGGAAAAAAAGGUGUAUACUGAAGAGAAUAUUCCAAUAAAAUUGUAUGUUGACCUGCAAUCUUCCUAACUGUGCCACUAUAUGAGGGAGGAAAAAAAAAGGAGAAAGGAGAGAGAGUCUGAGCUGAGGAGGAGAAGAGGACAACAUGCACUUUCAAGCUGUAAUGGCUGAAGUUAUAUGUAUCUGAAGAAGGUGAAUCUUCUGCUGGAACCAACAAACUUUUGGAUGAAAAGCAACCAUUAUGGAGCUGUUCAAAGUAGUAGGGUUAAAAUCGGGGACCUGUCUGCUUCUUGGGUCCUGGAAAAUCCCAUUGAUGGAAGGCAUGGCCAUCCAAAGAGUUUGCAGAUAGCGGAGAAUUCAUUUCAAUCUGGAUUGAGAGUCGAAGAGAAGGCUGAGCAUUCAACAGAUGAUCCUCAAUCUGGAGAAGGUGAACUGCCAUCUUCCCGUCCGUCAUUAAUCAGCCCAGUGAAGCACAAACGACGGUUAAUGCGUGAAGAAAGGAGGAAACUUCGGACUGCAGAGCUAAUGGGAAAGGAUAAAGAAGCAAAUGACCAGAUGGCUGCGGCAGCAAUCGAACGAUCAAAAUCCUUUGAGACCACUGUCUCAGGAAAGUACAGCAUAUGGAGGAAAGAUUAUGAAAACCCAAAUUCUGAUUCAACCUUGAAACUUAUGAGAGACCAGAUCAUAAUGGCCAUUGCUUAUGCCAACAUUGCGAAGUCUAAGAAUGAAACUGUUCUUUAUAAUUCCCUUAUGAAGAACUCUAAACUUAGUCAGAAUGCUAUUGGAGAAGCAAGUUCAGAUGCUGAACUUCCUUCAAGUGUGCUUAAUCGAGCAAAAUCAAUGGGUCGUGCUCUCUCUGUUGCCAAGGACAAAUUAUAUGACUGUCAUACAAUGGAAACAAAGUUAAGAGCCAUGCUUCAGUCAACAGAAGAUAAUUUAAAUGGUCUGAAGAAAAAGAGUGCAUUUUUGAUCCAGCUUGCAGCAAAAACAGUACCCAAACCACUGCAUUGCCUUCCGUUACAACUUGCGUCAGACUAUUUCUUGUUGGGAUAUAAUAAUAGGGAGGAUGUUAACAAAGAAAAGCUUGAGGAUCCUUCUCUAUACCACUAUGCUAUAUUUUCUGACAAUGUUCUAGCCACAUCAGUGGUUGUUAAUUCUACUGUGCUACAUGCAAAGGAACCCAAUAAGCAUGUUUUCCAUCUGGUCACUGAUAAAUUGAAUUAUGCUGCUAUGAAAAUGUGGUUUCUUGUUAACCCUCCUGCUGGAGCAGCUGUGCAGGUCGAAAAUAUUGAUGAUUUUAAGUGGUUAAAUUCGUCUUCUUGUUCUGUUUUACGUCAACUAGAGUCUGCCAGGCUUCAAGAGUAUUAUUUCAAGGCAAACCAUCCGUCUUCAUUAUCACUGGGGGCAGAUCAGCUCAAAUAUCGGAAUCCAAAGUAUUUGUCGCUACUGAAUCAUCUGAGAUUUUACCUUCCUGAUGUCUACCCAAAGUUGGACAAGAUCUUAUUUUUGGAUGAUGACAUUGUAGUUCAGAAGGACUUGACACCGCUAUGGUCUGUUGAUCUUCAAGGGAUGGUAAAUGGUGCAGUGGAGACUUGUAAAGAAAGCUUCCAUAGGUAUGAUAAAUACCUCAACUUCUCUAAUCCAAUAAUAUCUGCGAAUUUUGAUCCAAAUGCUUGUGGCUGGGCAUACGGCAUGAACAUGUUCGACUUGAAGGAGUGGAGGAAGCGAAACAUGACUGGGGUAUAUCAUAAGUGGCAAGAUAUGAAUGAGGAGCGAACUCUGUGGAAACUUGGUACAUUGCCACCAGGACUUAUUACCUUCUAUAACCUGACCUAUCCGCUGGAUCGCGGAUGGCAUUCUUUGGGACUUGGCUAUGAUCCAGCCCUCAACCAAACGGCAAUAGAGAAUGCAGCAGUCAUUCAUUACAAUGGAAACUACAAGCCAUGGUUAGAUUUGGCUAUUUCUAAGUACAAGAAUUACUGGUCAAAAUAUGUAAUGUAUGACGACCCAUAUCUUCGGAUUUGUAACAUCAAUCCAUAAACUACGCCGUUUUGUUCAGACACACCUCCACACAAAAGUACAUACAUGAUACACCUUUGUAUUA